GCUGGGUGUACUAUCUACUUCAUGUCAAAGCCCAUCGAUGACCAAGUUGUGGCUCCACUUAAGGUCCCCGCAUUACACUCACACUCACACUCCCCACUUACGUCCUCGGCUGGCUCAAUUGUCCCUUCCUGCUCAGCGCCACACGCCCAGAUCGUCGCUUCCACCCAUUCUGCUACGUCCCACGUCCCAUCCUCUUAUUAUCGUGAACCCCUUGCCACCCUCAGCGGCAGUCUUUUAGGCAAUGCCGUUCGUUCUUUUCGUCAUUGGCGACCCUGGAGCACGCACAAUCAUCCAGGAUCCUCUAUGCCAUGCACUGAGGAGCUAACCGUCAAGGCGCCUUCAUCUUCACCUUAUGUAAAUGGGGGCAGCGACGAGAAGGCGGAUGGGAAGAUGCUGGAUGUCGUGGUCGACAAUCAUUCAGCCAACUUUCGGGCUGCUCCAUUUUCCCCUGGACAUAAGGAGCUCGCUUCCUUGGCUCUCCGCUUCAAAGCAGAGGGAUCUCGGAGCGCGGUGCUUUCGAAUCAGAGUGGGUGUCAAAACGUCUGUGGGGAUCCAGGGGUGUCUGUUGGCUCGGAGUGUCAUUUCGAUACGGGUGGCGCUGAUACAGCUACCAAAAGGAAGCCCGACCACAGCGAAGCCGCCGCCAGCCUCUACCCUGCGGUCACUGGUGUGGGCAUGUUUGAUCCAGUGGCCCAUAUACCUCCAAGGGCUCACACAACCUCCUCCGCAUAUACGUGCAUUCACAACCUGAAGGCAAGUGCACAUGGGCCGCAUGCAAACAUUAUGUCUCUUGUGCGCCUCAAGGACAAUAAUGCGGUACGACACCGGUCUCUUAUACUGGGGGUCACUCGAGACGGGAUGCCGAACUGUAGCCUUCGGAUUGAUCGUUUUCGGGACCACACAUUAUCAUUGGUCCUGUUCGGCUUGCGCCGCGGCAAGUCGAAUGCACUGGAUAUGGUAACUAUGUCUGGGGAUUCGAAUCUACUCCACGAUGUAAGGUCCAGUGAAGAGGCAUUAUUGGACCUACUACAACCAGUUCCACUACUCGAAUUUGGUAGGGUGUUCGAGGUUGUUCUGGGCGAGUGUGGGUCGUAUGAUGUAUUCGCGGAAAACUGUUGGUUCAUGGUAUCCAUACUGGAGGAACUGUUCGUGGAAAUGUUUGGUGCUCGCUACGUGAAAGGUGGAGCAAGACGGUCGCGACUCGCUCGACAGACCCGUGCUAGAAUUCGGAGCAGGCUGGGUCUUGGGGAUUCUGAGUGACGAGACGGGCAGUUGAAGUUUGGCUCUAGGACUCAUUCCUCAUCAACCGCUAGGAUUCCAUUUGUGGACCAAAAUCGGAUGUGACUUGAUUUCGGCCUCUGUUUAGUCUU